CGUCGUGGACACAACUGAAAACGUUCUGGCGCCGGAAACUUGCACGUGGCAACGGUACUUGGUCCUUUAGUCCCGUUCUCUCAUCGCCGCCGUGCGCGUGUGUUGGUGUGCGUUGGUGUGACGGAUUGCGGCUGUAUGAGUGUAUCAUCGCCAGCUGUAAAUUCCUCAGUAAAUACAAACGAAAAAUAAGUUGUGAAUCCUUAAUAAUCUCGUGUGGAUGGUAGCAAAUUCUGUCGGAAUGAAAAACGUGAAAUAACAACAUAAUACAAAAUAUAAAGCAUUCUUAUUUAUUCGAAGCCCAUCAAAAAAAUAUGAACGCAUAUACACGAAAGCGCCGAUUUAAAAUCACCAGUAACAAUAAAAACAAAAAUUAAACAAAUAAAAUGUAGCAACGAAUCAAUUUAUAACAAAGAAUCUAUCGAAAAACGGAAAGCAACGACAACGAACAAAGGCAAAUAUAAAUGCUGAAUCCCGUGAAAAGUGAAAGCAAUUGAAAUUCGCUUCAAAACAUGAAAUAAAAUAUUUCUCGGUGCAGGAUAUAUGAAAAAUCAACAGAACGGUUUCCCAAUAGUAUAUGUGUACCCAUAAGUGAGUGCGUGUGCAAUUGUGUGAACACCUACAAAGAAAAGAAAAGCGGAUACGUCAAAUAGAGGAGAAAAAGGAUACGCGAGCUUAAAGUUAAAGAAAAACCAAGCAAACCGAAGUCGAGGAUUAUUUUCGCCAACAGUGGAAACAAUAAACCUGCCAGUAGUCAUAAGAGCAGUAGCAAUAUACAUGGAUGCGUGUAUAUAGAUCUGUGACUUUCAUUUGAUCACGAUGAAAUCCAGUCAGCUGGCAGCUAGUCUCGUCAUCCCAGCCCUUCAGCACAGAUAGUCUAGAUGAUCAGAAAGAAGUCGCGUCAAUCCAGAGACACAUCGAAAUAGGUGAAGACAGUUUAACAAUAGCUCGCUCAGGUCGCACAACGUGAAGCUCCACUGUGCCAGGAUGGGGGAAAGUCAGCUGCUGCUGUUGCUGCGGCUCCUGCUGCUUCCUACAGUCCUCAUUGGCUGGAUGGACUGUGCCGGGGCCUCCACGGCGGACAUCUACAAGGGCGCCCGACUGGGCCACCGCAUCGUCCAGACGCGCUACGGCCGACUUCAUGGACUCAUCCUGCCCCUGGACAGUUUUCGCUUCCUCCGAUCCGUGGAGGUCUUCCUGGGGGUGCCAUAUGCAACGCCUCCCACCAAACAAAAUCGGUUUAGCCCCACGAGAGCACCAGCGCCUUGGGACGGCAUCCGGAUAUCGGAUAAAUACAGUCCCGUGUGUCCGCAGCGUUUGCCCAAUAUCCAAAAUGAGACGGCGGCGCUGGAGAAGAUGCCCAAGGGUCGCCUCGAGUACUUGAAGAGAUUGCUGCCCUUUCUGGAAAACCAGUCCGAGGAUUGCCUGUACCUAAAUGUGUUCUCGCCGGUCAAUGCUGGGGCCAAUGAGAAGAAGUUGCCGGUGAUUGUGUUCAUACACGGCGAGUCCUUCGAGUGGAGCAGCGGAAAUCCUUACGACGGCAGUGUCCUGGCAAGCUACGGGGAAGUUGUGGUGGUAACACUCAACUACCGACUAGGAAUAUUGGGUUUCCUAAACGCCAAUCCCAAUCCACAUGCCCAUGCCAGAGUGGCCAACUAUGGGCUGAUGGACCAGAUGGCCGCCCUGCAUUGGAUCCAGCAGAAUAUCCAAAAGUUUGGCGGAGAUCCCAAUUCGGUGACGUUGGCGGGUCAUGGAACGGGUGCAGCCUGUAUAAACUACCUAAUGACCUCGCCUACGAUGGUCCGUGGUCUCUUCCAUCGGGCUAUUCUCAUGUCAGGAUCGGCGUACUCAUCGUGGGCCCUGGUAGAGGAUCCAGUACUAUUUGCCAUCAAGCUGGCCAAGGAGGUGAACUGCACCAUUCCCGAUGACAUCAAUCGGCACCACGAGCAGAUUGUCGAUUGUCUGAGGGAUGUGCCCCUGGAGGACCUCUACUUGGCCGACAUUCAGGCUCCCAAUUUUCUCACAUCCUUCGGGCCAUCGGUUGAUGGCGUUGUCAUACGACCCGGGCAUUCCAAUCUCGAUAUCGAUGAUUUAAUGGCGCGCAACUCGAGGCGCUCGUCAGCGGACUCCGGCUUCCAGUCGUCCGCCGGAGGUGGUGGCGGACAAGGAGGCGGGUCGGGUGGCGGUGGAGGCGGUGGCUCCGGAUCGGCGUUCGGCGGUGGAUAUUUCGGCGGCGGCGGGGCCGGAACGAUGAACAUGGGCGGUCACUAUGACGUCCUGUUUGGCGUCGUUACGGGCGAAUCGAUUUGGCGCUUCAGUGCCCACGAUAUACAAAAUGGUUUCGAGGGCGAGAGACGCGAUAAAAUUAUCCGCACCUACGUCCGCAACGCCUACAAUUAUCACCUCAACGAGAUUUUCUAUACGAUCGUCAACGAGUACACGGAUUGGGAUCGAACCUCGCAGCAUCCGAUCAAUACCCGCGAUACGGCUGUGGCCGCCCUAUCCGAUGCCCAGUUUGUGGCACCGAUUGUGCGGGCUGGUGAUAUCCUGGCGGCCAAUUCCCCACCGCCGGUCAGCUCAUCCUCGCCCGCUGGGUCGGCGGGUGCAAAUGCGGCUGCCUCGACCUCGGCGGGCUCCACUCAGCCAUCCGGUCGGUGCUACUUUUACGUGUUCGAUUACCAGACAAAGGACGGCGACUAUCCCCAGAGGAUGGGCACUGUGCACGGCGAGGACUUGCCCUACAUUUUCGGCGCCCCACUGGUCGACGGCUUUAGUCACUUUCCGCAGAACUACACCAAAUCGGAGACGGCUCUUUCCGAGGCGGUGAUGAUAUUCUGGACCAACUUUGCUCGCACCGGAAAUCCCAAUGAACACCAUCGCCAGGACUCGUCGCUGCCGGUUUCAAAGGAGCGCAACCGCUUUCGCAGCAUCACCUGGGAAAAUUAUGAUCCGCUGCAUCAGAAGUAUUUGGAAAUAGGAAUGAAGCCGCGCAUUAAGAAUCACUUUCGGGCCCAUCAACUCUCGAUUUGGCUGCGCCUGAUACCGGAGCUCCAUCGCGCCGGUAUGGAGGAUGUGAUAGCCCGGCACAAUCUGUUCCGCAAUCACGACGAUAUGGACCUGUACGAGGGACCCGUUAAACCGGAUCCGUUUGGCAUAUCGACAGCCGCCGGAGCAACUGGCUCCUCAUCCUCGUCGUCGUCCUCAUCCCGCCUCCUCCUCGUCGAUGAGCAAUUGAUGAUGAAGAAGGGACGCGGCCUGAACGGCUCGGCCUAUUUGAACGGCAUAUUGGGCGUGACCACCGUGGAGCCGAACAACAUGUACACGACCUGCAUACCCAUUGGAGGAAACUACUCGAGCAGCGGUGGUGUCUUCGCACCGACCACUCUGGCCAACGCCUCCUCGGACACUCUGGCCUCCGGAUUCGAGGCAGCCGGCUAUGCGGCCUAUUCGACGGCCCUGAGCGUUACGAUUGCCAUUGGCUGCAGCCUGCUCAUACUCAACGUGUUGAUUUUCGCCGGAGUCUACUAUCAGCGCGACAAGACGCGGCUGGAGGUGAAGACACUGCAGAAGCAGUACCAGCAGCGCAGCCUGCACCAGCAGGUGCCCUACCCACCGGAGCCCAUCAAGCACGCCCACUACCAUAUGGGUCACUCGCAGAGCUCGGCCAAUGUCAUCGUGGACGUGGAGAGCCAUCAGGACCAGGCCGGCCAGGCGGCCAUGUUGCUCCAAGCCGCAGCAGCAGCCGCCGCAGCAGCGGCCAACGAGGUGAAGCCACCGCCACCGCACAUCUGCUCAAACACAGGAAUGCAACAGCAGCAGCAAGUGGGUGGUGGCAGUGGUGGGACCCUGAAUAAUGGUGGCAUCGAGGGGUCUAAGGUGACCACAGACAACCUGGGCAACGUCACCUACAGCACCAGCUCCAAGCAGAACCAGCAACACCAGCAACAGCAGCAGCAGCGUGAGCACAUGCAAAUCAAGGGAAUGACCGGCACGCAAACAUUCGGACGAAGUGGCUCCGGAUCGGGAGGCGGGGCUGGGGGCGGAGCCGGUUCCGCUUCCGGUGGCGCCUCCGUGGUGGUCUCCGGCAGCAGCGUGAGCUACAAUCCCGGCAUGAUGACGCUGCCCAAGUCGGGCGGUCUCCAUCAUGCGGCCACUUUGAAUUAUGCGCGCAACACAGCCGCCUUGAAUAUGUCGGGCGGCGGCACCGCGCUGGUAGAUAGUCGCGGCAAUGUCCUGCUCACCAGCACCGCAGUGGGUCCUGCCAUGGCCGGUACUGGUGCUGGAGGAGGAUCCUCUGGUGGCGGCGGAGGCGGAGAUUGCAUGACCCUGCCACGCAAUCUUGGUCUGGCGGCCGCAGGACGACACAAUCCCACGACAGCAGAGCUGCAGCAAUAUCAGCAGCAACAGCAGUCGAGCAAACAUCAGUCGAAUGGAGCUGUCCUCACUGGGAUGCAGUCGCAUCACAUACGCGGACCACGCCCACCGCUCCGCACCGCCUCCUCGACGACAACGAACAGCAGCAGCAAUAACUCGGCAAUGGGCGUGGCCGUGGGCGGAGGCGGGGGCGUUGGAAACAUGCUCCUGGACCAAACGCCAUCCGGCGGCAGCAGCAGCAGCGGCGUAAGCAGCGCACCCAGCUCCUCGAAGGGUCACCACACCCACUCGCACUCCCACGCCGCCCACCUGGUGCACUCGCACGGCGACGGCCUCGUCCUGACCUCCGCCUCGCCCGUGGGCGGCCAACAGCAGCAGCACCCGCAGCAGCAGCAGCAAGUGCCGCAGGCGGCGAUGGACGAGAUGCGCGUCUGAUAGGUAUCGGUCUUUGAGUUGGACUUAUAGUCAUCAACGGGCUCCAUAGAAACCCUGCGAGCGGAAACGCCCGAGGAGUUCUAUGCACCCAAGCAGCCGGAUGAUGACGGCCAACUCAAUGGGACACCAG